AUGCAGACCCAAGAGACCCAGACGGACCCCCUGCUCGACCGCCCCCCGACGCCGAUCGCCGCGCCGCGCAAGACCGGCCGAAACGUCGCGACGCAGAUCUACGAGGGCGACCUCUUCCACUUCGACGCCGCCAUCGAGCCCAUCCUCGAGGUCAUGGUCGGCAAGACGCUGGAGCAGGCGAUGCUGGAGACGAUGCAGGAGGAGGAGUUAGAGCUACUGCGCCAGCAGCAGCUGGAGUUCGAGCAGCGCCGAAAGGAGGAGCUUCUGGAGGUGACUAAGCUCGAGGCCGCCGAAAAGCGGCUCUAUGAGGAAAAGGAGCGGCGUAAGCAGCAGGAGAUCGAUCGACUGCAGCGUGAGAAGGAGACUCGCGAGAAACUCCAAGCUCGGCUCUUCUCCAAGGCGUAUAUGGCAAAUAUGGAGAAUCGCAUCAUUGCUCGCUUGCAAGAUGAAGGCUGGUUUGCCGAUCGCGUUCUAAAUGAAGUAGAACUCAAUUUCAUGCCUUGGCUCAUGGAUGAAGUGGAUAAGGAGUUGCUAAAGAAGAAGAAGGCUCGCAAUUUAGUGGACGAACUGAUUCACCAUGUAGUGCAUUUGAACAUGAAUCAAUUGGUGCAUAGCUACGAAUCUCAACCACCACAGGAACCACAGUAA